CCAAAUGAGGUGUGUGGUUGACUGGUCAGGUCAUACUCUGGUGUUCAUAAUUCUGAGGUUCUACUGGAGUUUCUUUUAAAGAUGUUAGGGAAGAAAAAUAGCAGGUGUCACAUGCUGGGGUCCACAGAGGAUAAGUCCACAGAGGAUAAUAGUCAGAACUGGUUUAGUGGAGUUAUUCCUUUGGCUUAAGUCACACCGGCCUGUGUCUUGAUGCUGAAGGUCCUAGGCAUCCCCUGAAAAAUCAUUCUGUUCCCGUCAAAUCAGUAAAUAUUACUACUGUAUAUUUAUGUUUAAUAAAAGCAAAAAAUAAUGGGUUGCAUGGACUCUGCUCUUGAUCAAAGUAUACCAAAAAUUUCAUAUUUGCAUACAGAGAAGUUACUUUUCAAUGCCAUUCUGUUAUAUUGAUACUGGGGAUAUUACUACGCAAUGCAGGGCAAAGUAAGAAUGGCAUAGGGUGGCAGCUAGCCAGAGUUCAAAAUGGAAGAAGGGGAUAAACAGUCCACAGUAUAGGGGCGGUUAACCAUUUUACUGUCAAUCCUCAGUCGGUAAUGGAGUAUGGAAUAGACCUUAGCUCUGGACAUGAAGAGGAAAAAGCACAUGCAUUCCAGGGCUUUGCAAUAUCUUCAAGAAUUACUGCAAGAACCUCAAAAUUAGGUAGUGUCAUGCUACUCUCAUGCUGCACUGGGUUCUAGUCUGGUGAGUUGGAAUAGAUCAUAUGGUAUAUAUUUGAUUAGCUGGGCCUGUCUCAUGUCAUGUGACCAAGGAAUCAGGCCAUCUCAGUAGGAGCCCUUGCUAGCUGAUUGGUCAGAGAGGUUGUGUUGUGGUUGAGCUGUGAUCCAGUGGCCUUCUGUAAUUGCCCAGUUCAGGCCUGAUGAUGCAAGGUGCAGCACCCUUGGGCUAUUGGGUCCUUUCCAGAGAGCACCCCACUCUGCAAACCCCAUUUGAAUCAAAUUUGGGUCCACUUAUCUGGAGUGGCUGAAGUAUGAGUUACGACAGUGCCUUAAAAACACGCAUGUGUGCAUAUGUGCACACAUCCUUGUGGAAUGGCAAGGAAAGGACCAUCUGUACUAUUGCUACUUUACAGUUUCAAAUUCUGUAUUACAAUGAUGGUUAACUCAACAGUCCCAAAACAAUGAGGGAAACAACAUUAGCGCAUGAGAUAUAACUCAUGUUCUAUACUCUAUGCUGCAUCACUCCAGGAUUAUCUUCUCAGACUGUGUGUGUGGUAGGUGAAGUCUGGGUAGACAUGGCAAGAAAUGGAAGUAGUGGUACAGUGUCUGAAUCUUGCUUACUGUUCUUAUGAAAACCUAGCCAUUUGCACUGUGCUUGAUUUAUGAAGACUGGCAGGGUGGGAGAGAAAAACGUGGCCAUUUAAAAUCAGUCAGCUGGCUGCACAGACUUGCUCCUGCCAGUUUGGAAACUUGUUAAGUCAAAAAUUAAAGCAUCAAGGAAGCAAGAAACAGAUUAAAAAAGAGAAAUAUAUUUCUAGAAGAAUCUCUAGUUUCUAGACAACUGAAAAUGACUUUGAAAUGUAAGUUUAGCCCUAAGAAUUAUUAUAGAGGCUUCACUUUUUGGGAUGGGGAGUCUACAUGUGUGGGGGCGGAAUAGGGGAAGAAUAUUGUGAUCUUCAUGAAAUUUAGUAAAUUAUUUGUGUAUGUUGCUUAUAUGCACCCCGUUCAACAAAUAAUUCUAAAUACCCUGUUUUAGUCCCAUAAAAGUCAAUAGGUCUUAAUCAUAUGCUUAAGGUUAACCACAUUUACAUGCUUUUCUGAAUAAGGCUUGGCUGCUGAACUGUGCUGAAAUCCGGACUCACUUUCCCUCUCAUGACACUUAUCUCUCACUUAUCACAAUCAAAUUGAUUGCCACUAAAACUAGCUGUCCUUCGUUGUGAAGUCACUGGAUCUUUCAUAACAUAAACAAUUCAGUCUUUAUCUAUCUUGAAACAAAGGUCCAGUGUAAUAGUGAAAAUAACAUCAAGGUCUCAGAUACACCUGACAGCGUAAAUAAAACCAGAUCCUGAAGGAAAGUCAAGUCACAGCAUUUGUUGCCAUGGACCUAGUCUUCCACCCACUUGCGUAAUUGAUAAAGUUCCCACAGACAUCUGUGGUCCAUGAAUCAGCCUUUUUUCAUGGUUAUCUUGCAUAAACUUCAGCUCAAGUGCUUACCAGAGCCUGGCUUCCUCUUAGAGUUUUAUCUCACAGGGUCUGACUGGUUUUGUCCCUAGUUAUUUUGCUUCAGAGAGAGACACUCCAUUAGAUACCACUGUGUUGGAUCAAAUAGGACUUGCCUGAUCUGAUUCAAAGUGAAUCACCCACUAAUAUAAUACUGAAGCAAUAAAGGCUUCAGGUAAAGAUUUCUCCCCCACAAUCAAGGAAUCAGAUUCAUCAUGACUUAUCACUAUAAUGAAGCCUUUGAAAACCCAGACUAUCGCUAUUCAGAGACAUUGGAGAUUGACAGAAGCAGAGAAAGGAAUUCAUCCUUUCUCCAAAACCAUCAUGAUUCCUCCCUGGAUGAUGACUCCUUGUACGAUUCCUAUGAAGGUGGAAGAGGACAAAGAAACCAGGAUUAUCCCAUGGCCUCAAUGCAGCCUGGCUUCAGAUACAGUCACAGCGCAUCGAGGCCCAACACAAAUCCAUAUGGAAAUCCACAUACUAAUCCUUCAUUUGAGUAUGAGCCAGAAUUCGCAUACACAUCUCCCUCUACCUUUCAUGCCGGGGAUGGUCCUUACGUACGCAGAGCUUCUGAUAUGUCUGAUGGAGGGAGAAAUUGCUGAAGACCCACACAGUGAGCAUUUGUUAGCAGACACUUUAGACUUUCCUGGACUUCUAACCCCAGAAAGCCUCAAUGCAGAAGGGGAACGCAGCUCUGAGCUGCCUGAAUCUUCUUCCCAAGUGGCUGCGAGUGACCAGAAAAUGGUGUUUGUAAACUUUUCUCACUCUUCAGCUUCAAUAGAGGAAGGUAGCUUCAGUCAGAGCUACAACAGAAGACAAGCUGACCUGGUCUACAGGAUGCCUUCCAGCCUUCUCAGACUAGACUCAAAUGCAGAAACAUAUGACAAAGACAAAUAUAAACACGAAGAGAAGUUGAUCAAAAAUCUUGCAAGCAUAUCCAGCAAAGAGAGAGUGAAAGCAAUCCAGAAGACACCAAAGACCAUGAAAGAAAAGAGAGACAUCAGGAAUAAAGUUCUCAUGGAGAAAACCAAAAAAUCUGUGAGCUCCAGUACUCAGAUUAACUGUUGUACACAGUGUCUGUACAAAACAGCCUUGUCCUAUCAGCGAUUUAAAAAUGGCAUGUCAGAAUAUUUGCACUUAUUGCAACUAUGGCAGAAGACUCUGAAAGUCAUCGGUGGCAAGUUUGGAACCAGUGUUCUUUCCUAUUUUGUUUUUCUGAAGUGGUUACUGACUUUCAACAUCUUCUCAUUCCUUGUAAACUUCAGCUUCAUAACAAUCCCACAGCUUAUAGCAUCAGGACCAAAUAACCUUUCGUUCAACGGUCUGGAGCUUCUCACCGGGGCUGGUUAUUUUAAAAAAACAGUGCUCUACUACGGUUUUUACACCAACUCUACAAUCACAAAAACUGAGAACAAUUCUUCCUAUGACAUGCAGCUGGCCUAUAUUUUCACUAUUGGGAUUUAUUUCAUCAUCUGCUUCUUUAGCUUGGUGUACAGCAUGGCAAAGUCCUUCCGUAAGAACUUCAUCAAUCCUCAGACCUACUCUGGAAGUGCUGCCAAGCUUCUCUGCAUCUGGGACUUCAAUAUAACCAAUGAGAAAGCUGUGAAACUGAAGCAAAGCAAUCUCAGUACGCAAAUAAAGGAAUCCCUGUCUGAAGUGACCCUCGAAGUACUGAACCUUUCUCCAAAGCAGAGAAUUGCUCGUAUUGCUGUUCAUCUGUUGGUUUGGAUGGCUUCCUUGGGAAUAGCAGCUGCUUGUUGUGCUGGUGUUUACUUCUUCUCAAGAAAUAACCUACAGCUCCUGGAAGGUAACAAAAGUGAGCUGGAAAACGAGGCUGCCACACUAGUGCUGCCCAUUGUUGUGUCUCUCCUCAACCUCCUCAUCCCCUUCUGCUUUGCCUUGUUUGGACUCAUAGAGAAAUUCCAGUAUCCCAGACAUCAGCUCUACGCCACUGUUAUCAGAAACGUUUUUCUGAAAAUAGCAAUAAUUGGAAUCCUCUGCUACUACUGGCUUAACGACGUGGCUACAUCAGAGAAAGAGUGCUGGGAAAGCCUAGUUGGCCAAGAUAUCUAUCGUCUCAUUGUGAUUGACUUCAUAUUUUGCUUGCUUGCUUCUUUCUUUGGAGAAUUUGUACGAAGAAUCAUUGGAACUAAAUGUUGCAAAAAACUUGGAGUGCCAGAAUUUGAUAUUGCACGAAAUGUUUUAGACUUGAUCUACACACAGACUUUGGCCUGGAUUGGCAUCUUCUUCGCACCUUUAAUGCCAGCCAUGCAGAUUAUAUCAUUUUUUAUAAUAUUUUAUGUAAAAAAGGUCAGUUUGAUGAGGAAUUGUCAACCACCUCGCAAAGUCUGGAGAGCUUCUCAGAUGACGACACUCUUCAUUUUUCUGCUGUUUUUCCCUUCCUUUACUGGAGUCCUGUCUGUAAUGGCGGUCAUUAUCUGGAGGCGGACACCUUCUAAACAAUGUGGUCCGUUCCAAGGCUUGACCUCCAUAAUUGAUGCCGUUUCUGGAUGGAUGCACAUAUUGGACAGCUAUUCCAGUUCAAAAUGGGUGGUGUGGAUUUAUUAUAACUUAAUUGGAAGCGUGCAUUUCUUCUUCAUCCUCACUGUCAUCGUCCUAAUUAUCACAUAUCUUUACUGGCAAAUAAUAGAAGGACGAAGGAUAAUGGUCAGACUCCUGCAUGAGCAAAUUAUUAAUGAAGGAAAGGAUAAAAUGUUUUUACUUAAUAAACUACGUGCACUGCAGACAUCAAAACUAGACCCACCAAAAGAACAACAAGAGAGGAGUUCAUCUUCGUACCAGCCAUAUAGACGAGCUGCUCUGCAAAUGACAGCCUCCAUAGAAAGGCCAUUUGGGAGAAAUGGAAGAGACUUCUAUGUUGAGCCCUCCUCUGCUAGGAUACCAGAAAAGACGAGCCUGCCUCCUGCAGAUACAGAAGGAUGCCAACCAGGGAUUUCUGAGACUCUGGCGCUGGCUCUGAGAGCCAGACAACAGGCUGAAUGGGAAAUGGAGGACAACGAUGACGAGGACUUUAGACCAUGAACUGUAUGAAGCAAUUAUGCAUACUAAUCACUAGAAGUACUUCUAGUAAACGUCACUGUUUUGCACUAAUGGUUGGAAACCCAUUGGAAAUGACUGACUUUUUCAAAUAAGCUAAGGAAAAAAAUUAAAGCAAGAACACAUCAGAAAAUGCAUUUUAUCAAUUGCAGUUUAAAUUUUAUAAUUUCAUAGUAAAUGCACUGUGCUAUUUUGUUUUAAAAAAAUGAAAUCUUGAUAAUAGCAGACCUCUCUUUCAUCCGCUAUGAAAUCUCUUGCUGAAAUAUAACAAAUGACCACCAUUCAUCAGGUUAGGGUGGAAUUUUUUAAUUGUCUCAAUGUAACAUGUGCCUAAUGACAAAUGCAAAUUACAAAUCUGGAAGCCUUGAUGGUAUUCUUAUAUCUGACUUGUUUUGAUCUGGCUGCUGUUAGCUGUAUUUUUUAAAAACAGAAAUGAAGUAUUUAUAAAUUAAAAAAGAUUCUAGCCUAUGUAAAAUGAUUUGUAAAGUAAAUUGUGACACAGAUUAGUGAAUAUAAAUGUUUGUGUGAACCCUACUGCUGUCAGCCUCUAUCUCUACACAAUUAGGAUUACACAUCUUUUGCACUCUUUUUGACAGAGGUUAAAGCGUCAUUUUGGAAUGGCUAUAACAUGAAACUAAUCUUGUUAUCUGAA